GGAAUAGCGGGUGCCGUGAGCCGGACAGCCACGGCGCCCAUGGACCGGCUCAAAAUGCUGCUGCAGAUACAGGACUGCCAGCGAGGGCUGACGAUACAGGAGGGCAUCCGCAAGAUGUCGGCAGAGGGCACCGUCCAUGCGUUUUUCAAGGGCAAUGGAACCAAUGUCGUCAAGAUUGCGCCUGAGACCGCCAUCAAGCUCACGCUGAAUGAUGCGCUCAAGCGGGUUGUGGCACCAGACCCCGACGAAAUCACGCCUGCGCAGCGCAUGACAGCGGGUGCUCUGGCAGGCGCCUGCGCCCAGGCCACGAUAUACCCCUUUGAGCUGGUGCGAACACGACUGGCCGUGUGCGCCACCGAUACGUACCUUGGUAUCGUAGACUGCGCGCGUAAGGUGCUGGCGCAGGAGGGGUGGCGAGCCUUCUACCGGGGGAUGGUGCCCUCCAUGCUGGGCAUCCUCCCUUACGCCGGCGUGGAUAUCACCAUCUUCGAGCUGCUCAAGGAGCGGCUGCUAGACAAGUACGAAGGCACCAACCCGCCGGCUCACAUGAUCCUGGCAGCGGGCAUGUGCAGCAGCAGCAUAGCGCAAUUUGCGGCCUACCCGCUAGCCCUCACGCGCACUCGGUUACAGGCGCAGGGGAUUGGCGGGCGGCCCAUCAAGUAUUCGGGCAUGAUGGACGUGCUGCGCAAGACGGUGCAGAACGAGGGUGUGCGAGGGCUGUACAAGGGCUCCCUGACAAACCUCGCUAAGGUGGCCCCCGCCGCCGGCAUCAGCUGGCUGGUGUUUGAGCAGGCCAAGACGGCCAUGGCGGUGGAUUUGAGACGGUAA